AUGAGUGAAGCAUGGGUGACACUGGCGACAUCAGAUGGAUAUGCUAUUGGAGCACUUGUUUUAGCUCAUUCGUUGAAAAUUCAACAAACUACCAAGAAACUACAUUGUAUGAUAACAACUGGUGUAUCACAACAACUUAGGGAUGAGCUUGCUGCAACAUUUGAUAGUAUUAAUUUGGUGAAUAUUUUGGAUAGCAACGAUACAGCAAAUUUACAUUUAAUUGGCAGACCUGAUUUGGGUGUAACUUUUACUAAAAUACAUUGCUGGAGGCUUACACAAUACACUAAAUGUAUUUUUCUCGACGCUGAUUGCCUUGUUAUUCAAAAUGCUGAUGAAUUAUUCGAUCAUGAUGAAUUAUCUGCUGUAGCAGAUAUUGGUUGGCCGGAUUGCUUUAAUUCAGGUGUUUUUGUUUAUAAGCCAUCUGAACAGACAUAUUUGGACAUUUUAAAUUUUGCCCUUGAACAUGGCUCCUUUGAUGGUGGUGACCAAGGUCUAUUGAAUCAAUUUUUCAAAGGUUGGCGAGAUAAACCACCAGCUUUUCGAUUACCUUUCAUUUACAAUAUGACCUCUGGUGCAAUUUAUACUUAUGCUGCUGCUUUUAAAAAGUACGGUGCCCAGGUGAAAAUUGUACACUUUCUGGGUCCAGUGAAGCCAUGGCAACAGUCAACGGAUAGUGUCCAUUACUCCGAGCAUCUUGACUACUGGUGGUCAUUGUUUAAAAGUCGACUGACCUCGAAUCUCGUCACAUCACAUAUACCUGGUGUUUCGUUUGAUCAGUCAUCACCACCAACCGAUGAAGAGCGUAUGCGUGCUUGGGAAGUGGGUCAUCCUGAUUACCUUGGAGCUGAUGCUUACAGUAACAUUCAAAAAGCUAUCGAUCAUGCAUUAGAAUAA